GUAUGUGUCCAAAUAUCUUCCACUUCAACUAUAUAUGCAGCAAAAGAAAAACAAACAUAACAGAGGGGAAAUAAUUAAGACAUGGGAAGUUUAUCGACUUUGUCUGAAGCACAAGCAGGUGCGUAUAGGGACGCAAGGCCAACUUACCCUCGCUCCUGGUUCAAGAUGCUUGCGGGGAAAACAGCCAUGCACGAACGUGCAUGGGAUGUUGGCACCGGAAAUGGCCAGGCCGCAAUUGGGGUGGCCGAGCACUAUAAGCGUGUGGUUGCGACCGAUAUCAACAAGGAGCAGCUGACACGGGCUAUGCGCCACCGGCGAGUUAAGUACUAUUUAACCCCACAACACAUGUCCGAGGAUGAGCUGGUGGAUCUGGUCGGCGGAGAUGACUCGGUCGACCUCGUGACCGCCGCACAAGCGGUUCACUACUUCGACCUCGAAAAGUUCUACAAUGUCGUCCGACGUGUUCUGCGCAAGCCGGGUGGCGUUAUCGCCGUGUGGGUGUUCAACGAGAUAGCCAUCUCGCCUGCCAUCGACAAAGUCUUCCGACGCAUAUCCGACGCUACGAUCCCUUUUAGGAACGGUAGAACGAACAUGGCCUUGGCUGGUUACAAUACUAUGCCUUUUCCUUUCAAGAGCGUCGGUAUCGGGUCCGAGGGGAAAUCGCAUCCGCUCAAGCUUCGUAGCAGGCUUUCGCUUGAAGCGUUUGAGAAUUAUCUCAAGUCGUGGCAACUUGUCGUGAAGGCAAAGGAAAAGGGGAAAGAUUUAUUGACGAAACGAGUGAUGCGUGAUCUUGAAGAUGCGUGGGGAGGUCGAAACCAGGUUAGAGACGUUGUGUACAAAUUCUUCAUGAUAGCGGGAACUUGCUCGGAAGAUUCUGAAUCCUCUGAAGAAGAUGGUGAAACAUCUGAUGAAGACAGUGAGGAAGACAGUGAUGAAGACACAGAAGAUUUGGCAGGGGCUAUCGCCACCCUUUUACUUCCGGCCCUCUUCCUCUAGCUCCAACACUGUGGGAGAGGAACUUGGAUUGGAACUUGUUGAAAGACAGAAAUAAAAGAUAAAAAUGAAAAAAUAAAAAUAAAAGGUGAAACAGUUUCUUCCUACUAGAUGGAUAAACAUGGAAACCUAGUUACUACCGAACUAUAAGUACUUUGGUAUAUAUAUUCUGAGUUCUGUGCUCUAUGUAAUGGCGGUCAAAUAUGGUUGUAAGAAGGAUAAACUAAAUAAACGUGCACCACUAUAUACUAACUA